AGCCUACUUCACCCAUCCCUUUUUUUAAAAAACCCAGAUGCUUGCCUGCUAGACACUUACUUCAAUCAAGAGAUACCAGGGAGUAGACCUUAGACGUCCCAGACUAUGUCAGCAGUGACCACCCAGCCCCUUCCCUUCGGCGGUCUGGAGAGAGAGAAGCACAUCGAGAGGCUCUUCAGAGCCUUCCACAGUCAAAGGAGGCUCUCUACCAAUCCCCAGGGUUUGCCUGGCUCCAUACCCCACCACGGGGCACCUGACCUGGGCUCAGAGGACCAGCAUCAGGGCCUAGGCCCUGGAGGUCCGGGGGGUAAAGGGGAGAAUGGCCACAUGAGGCCCAGGGCUUCUGGAGGGCCAGAGAUAGCAGGGGAGCAGUGGUUGAAUGGUGUGGGUGGACAGGAGGGUCUGGCUCUCCUGGACGCAGUCAGCCAACUACGUAUCACAGCCAGGCCAGAGCUGCAAGGUCCACAAUGUGUGUCCCGCAGGACCUACAGCAUUGCCACCGGGGACAGCAGUGAGCAGCUCUUUGUGGCUGUAGAAGAGAGCUCCUGUAUGUGUCUGCAGUGCUGCGGUCCGGCCCGGUCCUGCUCCUUACAAGGUUUUGACCGCCAGGCCCGCCAGGUCUUCCUGUUUGAAAGACCCCUCAGGGUGGACGCGUGCUGCCUUGGCUGCUGCUUGAUGGAAAUGAGGGUCUACACCCCCCAACGGCAGCUCAUAGGGAGCGUACGACAGCGAUGGAGUAUGUUCACCCCUCUCCUGGAAGUGUGUGAUUCCGAUGGAACCUCCACUAUAAGAAUCCAGGGAUCAUGCUGCCCCUACCGAUGCCUCUCUAACCAAGAAUUCCAGGUGGUCUCAGCCAUCGGUGAGAAAAUUGGCUCCAUAUGGAAGAAAUGGCCUGGGUUUAACGAAGAGUGCAACAUGGAUCAUGAAUACUUUGGGUUAGAGGUUCCACAGGAUAUGACAUCACAGACCAAACUUCUUCUGCUGGCGGCCACGUUCCUACUGAAUUAUAUGUUCUUUGAGAUGAGCUGAACCGGCACCAGACAAUCAGAGAUGAGAAAAUGUAGGUAAUCAAAAGUGGACCGUGAGAACUGCAGAAGCCAAAUGACCAUCGGCGAGUUUCACAGCUUCGUCCGAUGCCACGCCGCAGCAUCAUCAGAGAUUGAACACAUGGACAGUUGUUUGGGGGAGGGGUGCAAAUGUUAGCGACACCAAAGAUGUACUAGCCUGCAUGGCAUGGCCUCCUUUCCUUUAUUUAGUUCUCAUUUAGUUGUCCUAGUAGAAGAGAUACAUCCAAUAAAUCUUAAUAGAUACCUUGCAUUGGCUUAUGCUCCCAUCACAACAAUUUGACUGACUGACAAUCAGUUCAAACUAUCUUUGUUUGGAAAGAUACGUUUUCCUCAUCCAACAUACGCCACCGGUGACAUCACAGAAUAGAACACUGAAGCCAUUGGUUAGCAGCAGAUGCAUAAUCAACAUUUAUUGCUAUAAUCCAUCAGGUGUAUAUCCAUCAGACAGUACUUUCCUCGUUUUGACAAGACACCCUUUUUCCAGCACCACCCAUCCAAUCCUGGGCAGUAUUUCAUCAGGGGGGAGAAGAUAGAAGGAGCCCCAAGCUCUGGCCUGGGACCAGUUUCUGUUCUGUAGCACUAAAUGGUGAGGGGGGUCAGAUGAGCUGAUUCCAGGUCAGUGUUCAGGGACUCCUUCUACCCCGGGGAAAAUAUCACAGCAGGGCCACCAUUCUAGCCUGGUCCCAGAUCUGUUGGUGAUUUUGACUAACUCCAUGAUCAUUGUCAAGCCAAACUGUUUUGUAAGUCGCUCUGGAUAAGAGCGUCUGCUAAAUGACUUAAAUGUAAAUGUAAAUGCAUGAGGAGUUGGCAAGAGAGCAGAAACAGACUGACACCCAGGCUACCACCAUUCCACACUGGAGAGAUUAUGUUGUCACGGAUUACAUUGUUGUUAGAGUUGUAUUGUUAUGUCCAUCUUCACUGUGGGAUCUUGAAAGGCAUUUAGAAUGUUUCAUCUGGGUUGGGUCCGUCUCGAGGCCAGGCACAGUGAUAUAGGCAGCUAGGCAGUCCAUUCUAAAGAGGCCGGUUCACGUUACCCACGGUCCCCCUUUAGGAUGGUCCCCAUCCUUUGGGUUGAAAACUUUCUGGUCAAAGGUAAAGAAUCAAGUUCUCGAUUCUCGUUAAGUAAAUAGAUUUUCUCAAAAGGACAUAGCUUUUUCUAGAAAUAUAUUUUUGUACGCCAUAAUAUUUCUAGUUUAAAUGACUAGAGGCAUUGUAGUUAAAAUACUGCACUAUAAUAAAAUAACUUCCACCUGCAACCCUGUUAAGUUUCAGAGUUUUAAAAAAAACAGAUACAUUUUCUCUGCUGUACAUUUAAAACUCUACCAGAGGGAACUGUGAUUGUGCUACACAAUGAUGAAUAUACUGCCUAUACCUAUUUAUGGGAAGGGUUUGGUUUAAUAUUCUGCUAGAAGAAGAUUCCGUCAACAGUCAUUGGCCAAAUCACCAAAUGCUUGUCGCACAGUCUCCCUCUGUUGGCAGAUCAGGGACAGUGUCACUUGAAAAAAAUACAUCCACUGAGGUUUCAUUCAUCUCUGACUGACAGGCAGAUAAAAAAAGCUCCAACCAACCGACAGCUUGGUUCCGUGUUCCGUACAGUAGAUUCCAUGAGCCAUAGAAAGGAAGGCCACUGUCCCUCCCUCUCUUUAUCUCCCUAUCUCUCCCUCGCUGUCGCCAUGUCAAACAGUACUGAUCCUUAAAGGUAUUAUUCCUCCGGA